AUGAGCCCCGUGAUCUCAGCUCACAGGGACACCUACAGGUGCUACAGCUCACAUACCUCCUCCCCGUUCCAUCUCUCAUUCCUCAGUGAGCCCGUGGUGCUCCUGGUCUCUGGGACCUUCCCCAAACCCGCCCUCUCUGCGGAGCCAGGGCCUGUCAUCCCCCGGGGAAGGUCCCUGACCAUCUCCUGUCAGGGAACCCCAGGGGCUGAGGAGUACCGUCUGUAUAAAGAGGGAAGCCCAGGACCAUGGAAAAGAGAGAAGCCACUAAAGCCAGGAGACAGGGUGAUGUUCUCCAUCACACACAUGAGAGAUCAUGAUGCUGGGAUAUUUCACUGCUACUAUCUCAACCCUGAUGGCUGGUCAGAGCGCAGUGACCCCCUGGAGCUGGUGACAACAGCAUCCUACAGCAAACCCAGCCUCUCCGCCCUGCCCGGCCCUGUCGUGACGUCAGGAGGGAAUGUGACCCUCCAAUGUGGCUCAGGGCAGGGAUAUCACAGGUUCCUUCUGACUAAGGAAGGAGAUCAGAGACUCUCCUGGUCCCUGGACUCACAGACACAGCCCAGUGGGCAGUCCCAGGCCCUCUUCCCUGUGGGGCCCUUGACCGCAAGCCACAGGUGGAUUUUCAGAUGCUAUGGCUGCUACUACAGGGACAGGCCCCUGGUGUGCUCACACCCCAGUGACGCCCUAGGGCUCCUGGUCUCAGGUGCGUCGGGAAAGCCCUCCCUCCUGAGCCAGCAGGGCCCCAUCGUGGCCUCUGGACAGAGCCUGACCCUCCAGUGUCGCUCUGAUGUCGGCUAUGACAGAUUCGCUCUGCACAAGGAGGGGGAACGGGACCUCCCCCAGAGCCCUGUCCUGCAGCCCCAGGCUGGGCUCUCUCAGGCCCACUUCCCCCUGGGCACUGUGAGCAGCUCCCACGGGGGCCGGUACAGAUGCUCCGGUGGAUACAACCUCUCCUCUGAGUGGUCGGCCCCCAGUGACCCCCUGGACAUCCUGGUGGCAGGACAGCUGUCUGACACACCCUCCCUCUUGGUGCAGCCAGGCCCCAGGGUGGCCUCAGGAGAGAACGUGACCCUGCUGUGUCAGUCACAGAGCCAGAGGGACACGUUCCUUCUGGCCAAGGAGGGGGCAACCGAUCCCCCCUCUCAUCUGCGAUCAGAGCACCGAGCUCAGCAGUUCCAGGCAGAGUUCUCCAUGAGUCCUGUGACGUCAGCCCAAUGGGGCACCUACAGGUGCUAUAGCUCAAGCAGCACCUCGCCCUACCUGCUGUCAUACCCCAGUAAGCCCCUGGAGCUUCUGGUCUCAGGGACCUUCCCCAAACCCACCCUCUCUGCGGAGCCAGGGCCUGUCAUUCCCCGGGGAAGGUCCCUGACCAUCUCCUGUCAGGGGUCCCCAGGGGCUGAGGAGUACCGACUGUAUAAAGAGGGAAGCCCAGGACCAUGGAAAAGAGAGAAGCCACUAAAGCCAGGAGACAGGGUGAUGUUCUCCAUCACACACAUGAGAGAUCAUGAUGCUGGGAUAUUUCACUGCUACUAUCUCAACCCUGAUGGCUGGUCAGAGCGUAGUGACCCCCUGGAGCUGGUGACAAUAGCAUCCUACAGCAAACCCAGCCUCUCCGCCCUGCCCGGCCCUGUCGUGACCUCAGGAGGGAACGUGACCCUCCAGUGUGGCUCAGGGCAGGGAUAUCACAGGUUCAUUCUGACUAAGGAAGGAGAUCACAGGCUCUCCUGGACCCAGGACUCACAGCCACAGCCCAGUGGGCAGUCUCAGGCCCUGUUCACUGUGGGCCCCGUGACCCCCGGCCACAGGUGGACGUUCAGAUGCUAUGGCUGCUACAGGGACAACCCACAGGUGUGCUCACACCCCAGUGAUGCCCUAGGGCUCCUGGUCUCAGGUGAGUCUGGGAAGUCCUCCCUCCUGAGCCAGCAGGGCCCCAUCGUGGCCUCUGGACAGAGCCUGACCUUCCAGUGCCACUCUGAUGUCGGCUAUGACAGAUACGCUCUGCACAAGGAGGGGGGACGGGACCUUCCCCAGAGCCUUGUCCUGCAGCCCCAGGCUGGGCUCUCUCAGGCCCACUUCCCCCUGGGCACUGUGAGCAGCUCCCACGGGAGUCGGUACCGUUGCUACAGUGGAUACUACCUCUCCUCUGAGUGGUCUGCCCCUAGGGAUCCUCUGAACAUCCUGGUGGCAGGACACCUGUCUGACAGACCAUCCCUCUAGGUGCACCCAGGCCCCAGGGUGGCCUCAGGAGAGAACGUGACCCUGCUGUGUCAGUCACAGAGCCAGAGGGACACAUUCCUUCUGUCCAAGGUGGGGGCAGCCGAUACCCAUGUGCACUUGAGAAGAAUGUAUAUUCUCUGGGAAUUCCAGACAGAGUUCUCCAGGAGCCCUGUGACCUCAGCUCAUGGGGGCACCUACAGGUGCUACAGCUCACACAGCACCUCCCCCUACCUGCUAUCACUCCCCAGUGAGCCUCUGGAGCUCCUGGUCUCAGAUAACCUCUUGCUUUCUCUAGGGCCCCUCCCCAAACCCACCCUCUGGGCUGAGCCAGGCCCUGUCAUCCCCCAGGGGAGCCCCGUGAGCAUCUGGUGUCAGGGGACCCCAGGGGCCGCAAAGUACCGUCUGGAUAAAGAGGGAAGCCCAGCACCAUGGAAAAGAGAGACGCCACUAGAGCCUGGUGACAAGGUGAUGUUCUCCAUCACACACAUGACAGAGCGUGAUGCUGGGAGAUAUCACUGUUACUUUCUCAGCUUUGAUGGCUGGUCAGAGCGCAGUGACCCCCUGGAGCUAGUGGUGACAGGAUCCUACAGCAAACCCAGCCUCUCAGCUUUGCCCAGCCCUGUCGUGACCUCAGGAGGGAAUGUGACCCUCCAGUGUGGCUCAUGGGAGGAAUUUGACAGGUUCAUUUUGACUAAGGAAGGAGAUCACAGGCUCUCCUGGUCCCUGGACUCACAGCCACAGCCCAGUGGUCAGUUCCAGGCCCUGUUCUCUGUGGGCCCCGUGACCCCCAACCACAGGUGGAUGUUCAGAUGUUAUGGUUGCUGCAGGGACAACCCCCAGGUGUGCUCACACCCCAGUGAUGCCCUAGGACUCCUGGUCUCAGGAAACUUCCCCAAACCCACCCUCUGGGCCGAACCAGCCCCUGUGAUCCCCCUGGGGAGGCCCCUGACUAUCUCCUGUCAGGGAACCCCAGGGGCUGAGGAGUACCGUCUGUAUAAAGAGGGAAGCCCAGCACCAUGGAAAAGAGAGAAGCCACUGAAGCCCGGAGACAAGGUGAUGUUCUCCAUCACACACAUGACAGAGCGUGAUGUUGGGAUAUUUCACUGCUACUAUCUCAACCCUGAUGGCUGGUCAGAGCCCAGUGACCCCCUGGAGCUGGUGGUAACAGGAUCCUACAGCAAACCCAGCCUCUCAGCCCUGCCCAGUCCUGUGCUAACCUCAGAAGGGAAUGUGACCCUCCAGUGUGGCUCAGGGCAGGGAUUUCACAGGUUCAUUCUGACUAAGGAAGGAGAUCCCAGGCUCUCCUGGGCCCUGGACUCACAGCCACAGCCCAGUGGGCAGUCCCAGGCCCUGUUCCCUGUGGGGCCCUUCACCGCCAGCCACAGGUGGACAGUCAGAUGCUAUGGCUGCUACAGGGACAGGCCUCAGGUGUGCUCAUACCCCAGUGACACCCUAGAGCUGCUGGUCUCAGGUAAUUCUGGGAAACCCUCCCUCCUGAGCCAGCAGGGCCCCAUCGUGGCCUCUGGACAGAGCCUGACCCUCCAGUGUCGCUCUGAUGUCGGCUAUGACAGAUUCGCUCUGCACAAGGAGGGGGGACAGGACCUCCCCCAGAGCCUUGUUCUGCAGCCCCAGGCUGGGCUCUCUCAGGCCCUCUUCCCCCUGGGCACUGUGAGCAGCUCCCACGGGGGCCGGUACAGAUGCUAUGGUGGAUACAACCUGUCCUCUGAGUGGUCGGCCCCCAGUGACCCCCUGGACAUCCUGGUGGCAGGACACCUGCCUGACAGACCCUCCCUCUCGGGGCAGCCAGGCCCCAGGGUGGCCUCAGGAGAGAAUGUGACUCUGCGGUGUCAGUCACAGAGCGCGAGGGACAUGUUCCUUCUGUCCAAGGAGGGGGCAGCCGAUCCCCCCUCUCGUCUGAGAUCAGAGCACCGAGCUCAACAGUUCCAGGCAGAGUUCUCCAUGAGCCCUGUGACCUCAGCCCAUCGGGGCACCUAUAGGUGUUUCAGCUCACAUAGCUCCUCCCCCUUCCUGCUGUCACUCCCCAGUGAGCCUCUGGAGCUCCUGGUCUCAGGACCCUCUGGAGACCCCAGCCCUUCACCCACAGGGCCCACCUCCACAGCUGGAGGCUCUGAGGACUGGUCUUUCCAACCCCCGGGUUCAGACCCACAGACGGGCUGGGUGACCUGA